CCGACUUGCUCGAGGAGAGUGCGGUGUAUCCGGACGACGGCAACGCCUGCUCCCCGCUUACUCUGGGAAGCCUAAUAGCCUUUCUCUCGUGCCCUAUCAACUCGCUGACCUUUCUCGCACUUGGGCGUCCCUCUACUCGUAGUGAGAACCGCCAUGGCUGUCGACGCCAUCGUGCUGCGCAAGGUGCGCGAGGCCAAGGCGCCCGUGCCACGCAAGCUCGUUCCCCUGCUACGCUACCUCCUCUUCCACAUCUAUUUCGUCCCCACCUCGAUUGUCCUCCUCCCCAUCUACCUGAUCCGCUCCAUCCUCCCUUUCCUCAGGCAAGAUCCACGCUGGUCGUUCCUUCAGAACCUCUCAGUCCUUUACGUCCGCCGAGUCAUUCGCGUGUACUGUCGCCUGCGCACUCAGCCCAUCCAGCCGCGCGAGGAUGGCUGGCGAGAGUCCAACUCGCACUUGGGAACCUUGCUUGAAUUCGCCAACAUGUCCGGCCCUGGGGGCAGGGUGAUCGUCCACCCAAAGGAGGCGAUUCAAGCUGCUGAGCAGGCCGCAGGAAAGAGGACGGAUAGAGUCUGGAUCGACCCACCACCUCUUGAGGCGUUCAGGGGAAUUUUGACGAUCAAUACUGCGGGACCGGGUAAGGGAUUCGCUCACUGCAAGACGUACGCUGGUCCGCCGCUAGUCGAGCCGGGCUUCGCCAAGGUCAGGACGCGCUGCUUCUGGUUCAUGCACAAGGAUGGCUUGAGGCCGCCUCAUCGCUCUGAAAAGAAGAAGCGGGACAGACCUGUUAUCCUCUACUUCCAUGGCGGCGCUGGUGUGACUUUCGGCGCUGGUGAUCCGUUCAUGGGGCAGUGCCUCGCGGUCAACAUGGCGCACACGACAGGCAUCGACGUCUUCUCCGUCGACUACCUCCUGGCACCCACCUCCCGCUGGCCGGGACACAUUGUGCAGGCUCUGGCGGGCUGGUUCUAUCUCACGCGGGAGCUGGGCUACGACCCGUCUCAGAUCAUUAUUGGCGGAGACUCCUUCGGUGGAGCGCUGACGCUCCAGCUGACGCGCUACCUCCUUACCGACUUUCCCUCUUACGAAGGCUACGACGUCGAGUCAGCAGCAGCUCGCAAGGGCGAGAAGCCAGGUGCCUUGCUCCUACUGUCCCCCUUCUGCGAUGCACGCAACGACGGCGACAAUGUACCGCCGUGCUACGCCGUCAACCACAAGCGAGACAUCAUCCUGCUGGCCUACGGCGAGUGGGGUCACGACGCUCAAGGCGUCUUCUACGGGGCUGAGAACCAGAAGCGUUGUCCGAUCGGCAAGGCGGAUCCUUGGUUCAGUCAGGUCCUCUUACCUGACGCGGAGCUGGCUGAGUACCCUCCGAUGUACGUCAUGAAUGGUGGCAAUGAGCUGCUCAUCGAUCAAGGGCAUGAGUUCGUCGCUCGCGCUCGUAAGGCCGGGGCGGUCAAUGUUGCUCAUGACGUGGUUGAGCACGGUGUGCACGACUAUUGGACGCUGCAUACCUUUCUGCCCGAGGCGAGGGAGAGCUAUAGCCGCUUCAAGAAAUGGUGGAGCACCGUCGAGAGGACGCAAAGUCAUCUGUAGGAGGAUGAGCCGAGUUUGAAAUGGAAAGCGUCCUGCACACG